AUGUUCUGUGUGGGAGAAAACAGAAUGUCAUUGCAUAUAGAUGGUAAUGAGAAGAAAACGAUGGCUAGCAAAGUGGCACCAGCUCCAGAUACAUCGUCGCCGUUUUUAGACAUAAUGAAAACUUAUGUUCAGUCCAAAAUUUGCUAUCAUCCAAGUGCAUUAAUGAAUGCAAAUGUGACUAAUGUAAACACCAAAGCUGCUGCCUAUCAAAUUGAUCUAUGGACGUUAAUUGAUCGUCGCACGAUAGAACAACAAGGACGACCAUAUAAUGGUGAAAACACGCCUCAAGAACAACUUCGUGAUCCGUGGAGCUAUGACUUUGGACGACCGGCAAUAGUCUUAGAAAACAGACAAAAGUCAGUGCAUGACCUGAUGCAAACAAGUUGGAAAGCCGUUUGUUCUAAGUGUAACGGUCAUGGUAUGCAUAACUGUGCGUUCUGUCAUGGCAGAGGUCGCAGAGCUUGUACUCAUUGUCGCACCACUGGCAACUCAACGCAGCACGCACACCAAUGCACAUCCUGUCAUGGUACCCAUACUGUGAAAUGUUCAAACUGUAGAGGCCAUGGUAAAGUGAGCUGUGCUCGUUGUAAUAGACGCGGCGUACUCUUACAUUGGCAUCGAUUGACAAUCGAAUGGUACACUCUUCAUUCAGUAUCUUAUCAGUCGAAUACUCCAUUGCCAGUGAAAAAAAUCAAACAAGCUCCAGGAAAACAAAACUAUCUUUCAUUCGAACAAGGCUGGUCUCAAACUGCUCAAUUCGAUCAAUAUUUUCAAAGUAAUAAAUUUCAUUUUUAUCACUAUGGUGUAGGAAAAGAAAACGAACCGUUGGUUUAUGAAAACGACUAUCCAUUGAAUACCUGUGGCUGCUGUGGUGUUGGAUGUGCACAUUAUUCAAAAUGCUGUACGGUUAUGUGA